GCUCAAGCAAAUGUUCUGUCACACUUCUGCACUGGUUGCUGCAUCCUUGUGCUCCCCAAGGGCAUUUCACUGCAGAAAGAAAUACACAUUUACAGGAUACCUCGGUAUCGAUAGCAAGUUUUCCUUGUGUCUGUAAUUUGGGCCUUUCGUGCGCCAGUCGUCAUGGUUCUGGAAGAGAAUGAGUGCGACUCUGUCUUUGAGCCUCAUAUCACUGAGGAGCAGGUCGACACUCAGUAUGGGAAGGUCCACUGCAUCAUGAUGGGGACGCCCAGGCCAAAUCGCCCAGUCAUUCUGACCUAUCAUGACGUUGGACUGAACCACAAGUCAUGUUUUGACACUCUGUUUACACAUGAGGACAUGCAAGAAAUCCUCAGACAUUUUCCUGUUUGCCAUGUUGAAGCCCCGGGACAACACGAAGCGGCCAAAACAUUGCCUACAUCGUAUUCCUACCCAACGAUGGACCAACUGUCUGAAGCACUGCCUGCUGUGCUCAAACACUUUGGGUUGCGCAGUGUGAUCGGACUGGGAGUUGGAGCAGGCGCCUGCAUUUUGGCCACCUUUGCUCUGAAUCACCCCGAUCUGGUGGAUGGAUUGGUUCUGAUCAACAUCAACCCUAAUGCCGAAGGAUUAAUAGAUACCGUCGCAAACAAGAUUACGGAAUGGACUCACACGCUUCCUGACACAAUUAUCACACACUUAUUCGGAAAGGAAGAGAUCCAAUGCAACCAUGACCUCAUAGCUACAUACCGCCACCACAUCACCACAACCAUGAACCAGCACAACGUGGGCCAGUUCUUCCGCGCUUACAACAGCCGGAGCACUCUUGAGGUGGAGAGACCUGUUCCUGGAGAAAAUGUCAAUGUCAGGACCCUCAAAUGCUCCACAUUGCUGCUUGUUGGAGACAACUCUCCAUUUGUGGAGGUUGUGGUUGACUGCAACUCUAAACUUAACCCAACAAAGACCACACUGCUUAAGAUGGCGGACUGUGGAGGACUUCCGCAAGUGGCUCAGCCAGCCAAAGUGAUCGAAGCCUUCAAAUAUUUCAUCCAAGGCCUGGGAUACUUAUCCAGUGCCAGUAUGACCAGACUUCGGUCACGCACAACCUCUAGCUCCAGCGUCUCGUCCCUGGAGAGCUCUCGGAGUCGUGCACACGAGAAGCGUGGACGCUCCCACACUGACGUCUCCAUGGAGAGUCUCUCCAACACCCACAUGGACCGGAUCAUUUCAAAAUCCACACAUGAAGUGGCCUGCUAAAACACGACAUGCGCUUACCCACCCAGCUUCUUCUUGCAUCUUGUUAUUGCCUAUCUCUGCAACUCCAUUUAAAGGUCACAGCCAUAAAAAAAUGGGAAUAUAGUAUGCUUUUUUUUAGCCUCCUUUUCACGUUCGCCGCAAUCAACUUCUCUCAAAAUGUACCUGAAAGUUUGGGCUUCCAAUUGGGGACAUUGUCCUUUUCUUACCUCUGCCACCGAUUGCACAAUUGUGUUAUUGAUAUGAAUAUCAUUGUAUUUGAGAUCUUUUUUCUUCUUUUAUUAAUUACUGAUGAAGAGCUCAAAUUGGUACUUAGGGAUAGGUGUUUAUUGGCACUUAGAUUUACACUGGUAUACAGAAAUGUGUAACGAUACACUUUUAAUGACUGCUUUUAAGCAGAGGUUACUCAUAGAUAGUGUUACAGAAGUACAGGGUAAUGCAGCACACUGUUUAAAAAUAAAUAAAUCUAAUGAAAAUAUGUAAUAAAAAUGUUAAUACAUUUCUUCUUUUAUAAAAGAUAGAAUAAAGUUUUUUUAGUAGGUUGGUGGUGAGGGCUUUGAGUGACUAGUUAUGUUGUAACUAGUUGAAACUAAACGUAAAAUAUUAAAAAUAGCAUACAAUAUUCUGUACGUCGAAAAUAAAAUGAUACACUCUAA